AUGCUUCGAAUACUUCUGUGGACGGCGACGACAGCGUUUUUAGCGGUGAAUGCGGCUCCAACGAAUUCAACGACUUGUUUGGACAAAUGUCUCGAGAAUCGAGGAUCGAUCGUUGAUGUGAACGACUUGUGGAACUUCCAAAAAACAUUUUUUAAUUUGGCGACGCUUUGCAAAGAUUUCGAUGAUGUCUCGAAUUGUGCCCAAGAUUGUCCGGAGCAAGCUAGCGAAUUCGUUGAGAAAUCAGCGAUCGCCGGGAGAAUCUGUCAAUGGAAAGAUUUGUCUAAAGUCAAAGAAUGUUCCUCUCAAAUUGAUGAGAACUUGAGCGAGAGUUGCUCUCAAAGCUGUGGAAUCGAUGGGAAUUCGACAUCCGCUCUCCGCUUUGACUCGAGUCCCACUUCGGCGAUCAAUCCCCAAGCUGAAAUGGCGUCGAUUGGAUCCGAUUGCAGACAACAAAUCUGUGUUCUUCAAUGUUCCUCUCGGAAACUCCAAGAUCAGUGUGCCCCAGCGUCAGAGCUUUUCAGGGAAUUGAUCAAACUCCAAAUCAGCUCUGGAUCGAUAAAGCUAGGCGAGGAUCAAAGAAAGCAAUACUUUGACGCUUUGCCGGAAGAGUGCGCAUUUUUGAAGCACCAAGAAAGUUUGGAAAAGCUUUUCCCAAUCGAUUCCUCAACUCCAAUCAUUCGGAAUUUCGAAAAAGAAGUCACUGAUGCGUCAAUUGGUGAACCGGAAAAAAACCCACUUCCUGCCAAUUCUGGGGAAUUCACAAUGUCCAAGGCAAUCGAUGGCGUUGAGACGAAAGAAGACGAAGCGAAACUGGUAAGCAAAGAGGAUGAGACACCAGCACCGCCAUUGGCCAUCAGUGAUACAGCCGAGGGAGAGGGAGAAGAAUCGGAUGAGGAAACAAAAGAAUUGAAUAAGGAGCGAAAACCCGAUGAGCCAUUCGUGUUGGCAAGCCGAGAUACGAAGCCGGAGGAAGAAACAAAAGACGAGCAACAACCACACGUUUUCCAACCGGAAGACGAUUUCGUUCCAUUUGGAAGCCCAGCAAAUAUUACUGAAGAAACGGCGUCUCCCGUCACCGAGAAUCCGGCUGUGGCGAUGGCUGAGGAAGAUGUGAAAAUUGUUAAUCAACCCGCAUCGAUUAACCCAGAGACAGUUCAAUUGAGCGGCGAGACUGGCUCUGAGGAGGUGACCCCGAAAAUGGAUGUGCUGAGUAGUGAGGAGAAUAUGGAACGGCCAGAACCGCCGGUAAAUGGUGAACAAGGUGAUGAUGAGAAAGAGAUUGCCGAGGGAAUGGAGAAAAUGGAGGAAGCUAUCAAAAAAGAGAGCCGAUCAGACGAAAACGAGGAAAAGGAUGAGGAAAAAGAGGAAAAAGAGGAAAAAGAAGAAAAAGAGGAAAACAAAGAGAUCAACGAGAAUUCUGGAGAGAAACAGGAAACGACAACUGAAGCCAUUCUAAUUGUUGACGCCGGCCAGAUGGAGAAAGAUCCAAAGAAAAACGAAAACGAUUUGAGCCAAUUGAUCACUCAAAGUCCCGAAAUGGUGAGUUCCUCCACAUCGCUGACACUCGGCUCGAUCACUUUAUUGAUUGCCUUCUUUGUGACUCCA